UGUUGUCAUUCGGCACGCAAGUAACGGCGAAAAUACGUGCUAACAUUUUAUCCAUUUUCAAUGUGUAUAUUGGGAAUUCUCCACUCAUUUCACGAUCCAGCCGAUAAACUACGCGUGUGACUAUCUAAUUAUCAUGCAGUCUGCAAAAAUAAUUGAGGAAGCACUGGACUUUUUGUCGCAGGAAGCUCAAGAACUAUAUUUAGGCUCGAGAAUACCAGAAUUAUUCGAUUUACCCACAUCUCUACAGUUUACGCGGGAUUAUGUGGCUAAAAAUAUGCCCGUAGUUUUGAGAGGUUGCCUUCAUUGGCCCGCAAUUUCUAAAUGGAGUUCGAAAUAUUUCAGGUCUGCCAUGGGCAAUAAGGAAGUCACUGUGGCCGUCACGCCAAAUGGAUAUGCUGAUGGUAUCGCGAUACACGAGAAGAAGGAGUACUUUGUAAUGCCAGAAGAGCAGCAGAUGAAGAUGGGAGAUUUCCUGGACAAGUUGGAUAGUAAGAGUGACCUUAUUUAUUACAUUCAGAAACAAAAUUCAAAUUUAUCCACGGACUUUGAGGAACUCCUGGAAGACAUUGACGUCGAAUCACUGGAUUUCGCCAAGGAAAGCUUCAACAAAGAGCCUGAUGCCAUGAAUUUCUGGAUGGGAGACGAAAGAGCUAUAACAUCCAUGCACAAAGAUCCAUACGAAAAUACGUACUGCGUGAUAUCGGGCUACAAGGACUUUGUCCUGAUUCCUCCAGUUUGCUACCACACAGUGCCUAGAAAGGAAUUCCCAACUGCUGUCUACAGAACUGACUCCGCCGGCCAAAUGACGAUAGAACCCCAAAUAGACGCAGACACAAAGAAGCCCGUGACCAUCGAGUGGGUGAGUGUGGAUCCUCUCAGUCCUGAUUUGAAGACAUAUCCUCAGUAUUCAAAGGCCCUGCAGUUCGAGGUGCGAGUCAAUGCAGGGGACAUUCUGUACUUGCCUAGCUUUUGGUAUCAUCACGUUCGUCAGAGUCACAAGUGCAUCGCAGUGAAUUUUUGGUAUGACAUGGAUUACGAUGCCAGAUAUUGUUACUAUAGAAUGAUAGAGAAAUUGUGUGCCAAUGAAUCGUAAAUUCAUAAGAUAUUUCCUUGUGAAUAAAGUCACUGAAUAUUUCACGAGAUGAUUCAAUUAUUCUGAGAGACACAUUAAAUAUAA